AUGCAAUUAAAGUAGAGAUAGCAAUAUCAAGUAUUAAUUGGUAUUGAUUAUUUUGACAUUCGAAUCAUCUAUAUCAAUCAUUAGAAUAAUACCCUAUUCUCUCAUUCUUCUUUGCUCUAGUAUUUAACAAAUUAUAUUGUAGAUAUGUUCAAAAGUAAAAAAAAAGAAGAGAAAAUAAUUAAAAUAAAGUCAAUCAAAUUAUGCUCCUUAGAUAACAAAUAAACUAAAUUCUAUUUCACUUAUAAAAAUUCAGUCAGUAAUUUUAAACAAUUAUGCUUUAUUCCAGAAUAAAGCAAUGAUAAAAGAUCUUAAGCUAAAUUAAAUAACUAAUUUUUGGAACUUUAUUAAAAAUUAGAUUAAUUAGUAGAAUUGAGAAAUAAUCAUUUAUAGGUAGAUGAAAAUUUAAAAUGA